AUGCCGUCCGGCGGGCAUCCAGGCGCGACCCUGGCAGCACCAUCCGCGCCGGCGACGAGUGCUUCCUCCGCCGAGGCCGUCCAGUCGAAGCGCGAUCUGACGUCGUGGUGGAAGAACUUCAAGCGAGCCACGCCGCAGAGAGUGCAAGAAGAGAAGGCUCCCCAAGGCAUCUUCGGCAUCCCUCUCCAGACCAGCAUCCGUUACGCCAAUGUCGCCAUCUCGCUGUUCAACGAACAAGGCCAGAGCUACAUCUACGGCUACGUCCCUAUCGUCGUCGCCAAAUGCGGCGUCUAUCUGAAAGAGAAGGCUACCGAUGUGGAGGGCAUCUUCCGUCUGAGUGGCUCCGAGAAGCGCAUCAAGGAGCUGCGCAACGCGUUUGAUUCUCCCGACCGCUACGGAAAGGGCCUCGACUGGAGCGGCUACACCGUCCACGAUGCCGCCAACAUCCUCCGCCGAUACUUCAACCAGUUGCCCGAACCAAUCAUCCCUCUCGAGUUUUACGAACGUUUCCGCGACCCGCUCAAGAACCACCAAGCGCAAGCCGUCGGCUCCAUGGAUAUGCAAGCUCCCAACAUCGGCCACUUUGACCCCACCAAAGCCAUUCGUGUCUACCAAAGCCUCAUCACCGAACUUCCUCCUCUGAACCGUCAGCUCCUGUUGUACAUCCUCGACCUCCUUGCCGUCUUCGCUUCCAAGUCGGACCUCAACAAAAUGACCACCCCCAACCUUGCUGCCAUCUUCCAGCCUGGCCUUCUGUCGCAUCCCCAACACGAUAUGGCUCCUCCCGAGUACCGUCUCAGUCAGGAUGUUUUGAUCUUCCUCAUUGAGAACCAGGACUCUUUCCUGAUUGGAAUGCACGGCACCGCUGCUGACGAGAAGACGGUCAAGGAGGUUCAAAGCGGCGCUCCCUCUCCCAAAAUCCCUGGAUCGCCUCUGACCCCUGCACGAUCAAAGACCCUUCUCGGCCGCUCAUCCUCCAACGCUAGUGCCGGUGCGGAUAGUGUUCGCUUGUUCGGUAAUCUUCGUAGAAAUGUCUCGGUUUCGUCAAGAGCUUCCAAGCGCUCUGCCCACCCCCAAGGCCAUGUUACGCCCACCCUCGGAAGUCCUGCCAAUUCUGGAGGUGUUCACCGUAGCAAUACUGUUCCGUCAAAGUCGGGUACAUCUCCACACUUCCGUCGUGAGAAGAGCUCCGAGCCACCGACUCCUAGCCCUGGUUCUGGCUCUGGUUAUAGUCCUCUCCCAACUGUGAUCGACACCACCUCACCUGUUGACAGCACCAUUUCUGAGGAUCGCACGCCCAUCGCUCCCAUCCCGAUCAUGGCAUUCCCAGGACCCGCAUCUGUGUCUCCUUCAAUUUCCCAAUCUGCCUUGCCCGUGCCUUCUGCGCCGGAGAUUAUCUCGGCGUCCUCUAGCGAGGCAACAACUCCUCUGGCUACCUAUGGUACUGAGACGAUGGGACUCCUACAGAGAGAGUACACUCAGUCCAGCACGGCACCUCUCAACGUGAGUGUGCCUGGCGAUCGUAGAUCUAAUCCCGCCGCGCGUUCCCCUUCAGGUACCCCUUCUCGUGCCAUCUUGGACUUCCUCAAGCCUUCGCCUGGUGGCAGUGAUAGCGAAAGAAGAGAUGGUCGCAAGCCUAAUAAGCUGCAGAAGAAGCGUAUACCUGGAAGUGCCCUCUCGAGUGCCCAAAGCUCUGCCCACUCGCUGCAAGAUGAACCAGAAACACUCAACGACUAUUUCGCUUCUCCACCCACUCCAAGCUUCGACUCAAGACCUGUGGAAAAUGCUCAUGAAUACGGCCACGAUCGUUCUGCAUAUGCCACAGCGCAGACAUCACCUCGGUUCAUGACCCCGCAGCGUACUGAAACAGAUGCUACACUCAGACCUACAGUAUCGCCGGCACACUCCUUCCAUUCUACGGACGUCACUGAUGCCUCUGAUGUGGACCAUCCUGACCAGUUUCAGUCAUCUUCUGAGAAACCAGAGAGAAAGCGCCGCUGGAGGUUUUCAAGACAAGCAGAGACGCGAGAGGGUCAAGAUCAUGCUCGCACCAACUCAAAUAUUGGUACCAUGAACAGCGCAGAUCAGAGCAAGUCCACUAUCAGUAGCUCAAGUGGUGGACAGCCGCGACUCAGCUUCCAGCAGGACAGUCACGUAAUGUCUGAUCCCGAAUCUGUGUUGUCGGACAGUGAUAACAAGAAGGGCCCGAUGAGUUGGAUAAGGAGCAAGCUGAACGAGCGCAAGGAACGCGAAGCAGAAAGAAGGGCGAGAUCGCCCAUCAAAGUGCUGAAAGAGGAGAACAACAGCUCGAGACAAAGUCUUAAUGCGUCGGCAAGUAGAGGGAAGAGCUUCGAACUGUCAAGACAGCGAUCCCCCAUAGCACAGCGGACGAUUCCAGAGACAAGCACUGCCAACGUGCAUGGCGCCUCACCUUUGGCGAUUGUUGAUCCGCAGUCGCCUGGACAAUCUGACAACAUCGCUACCUACCCUACUCCCUUGGCAGUCAGCGAGGUGCGAGCACAAACUGGCCAACAACCAGCAAAUAUUGAGUCAGUGUUUGCUGAGGGCACCACAUCGAAGCCGACGCAAGGAUUUGAUCCUAACUCAAGUACUCAAACUUAG